AUGCAGGCACUUCAGCCGGCGUCCGAGGAUGGCUCGGUUAGCCCGCGAGAGAAUGAAGUCGCGCGGACAGUGCUCAUCGAGCUUCUGGCGCAUCAGUUCUGCUUCCCGGUGCGAUGGAUCGAAACGCAGGAUCUGCUAUUGGGAUCCCACAACACUGAGCGACUCGUCGAAUUCGGACCGGGCAAUACACUAGUCAACAUGGCCAAGCGAACAAUUGCAUUGAAAUACGCACCAAGAGACACGGCCCAAAAUAUUUCACGGCAACUCUUGAACUUCCAGCAAAAUCUCGACAAGAUCUCCUACGAUCAGAAAUUUGUUACUCCACCUGUGAUCGAGCGACAACAAGACUCGGUCAAGAAGUCUGAUCCUUCGGCAGAAUCGAUCAAGAACACAGCUCCUCCUCCGGAUCCAGCCUCGACAUCUACCCCUCCACCUCCAACUCCCGAUUCCGCUCCAUCACCAGCAGCCGUUGAAGACCAGCCGGUCAGCGUAAUUGAGAUCGUGUCUACUAUCAUUGCAGUUGGCUUGAAGAAACCGCUGGAUGGGUUUCAAAUGAGCAAGUCGAUCAAGGCUUUGUCCGGCGGACGAUCAACGCUACAGAAUGAAAUCAUCGGUGACCUCUCAGCUGAAUUCGAUGCAAUUCCUGAAGCUGCUGAGGAUCUACCCUUGGAAACGCUAUGCUCUACAAUUCAGAGUACUUUCAAUGGAAAGCUUGGCAAGAAAAGCUCAUCGCUCAUAGACAAACUGAUUUCACAGAAAUCACCUGGCACAUUUCAGAACGCCGGUAUUCGUAAAUAUCUCAAACAGCGAUGGGGUCUCGAGACAGGUCGUCAGGACAGUAUUCUCCUUUGGGCUGUGACUUCGCAACCGGACUUUCGACUGAAGAACGAGGAAGAGGCGAAGAUUUUCUUGGACAGCGUUGUCCAAAUUUACAUCAGCAAGACUGGGCUAGUCAUCGGCGAGACACCAAACUCUGGUGGUGCUUCAGGAACACAGCCAGCUGUCAGUGCGGAGGCACUAGAAUUCUUAGAAAGUCGACAGAAAACUGCGUGGGAAGAGCAGCUCGGAGUCUAUGCUCGAUUACUGGGAAUGGACCUGCAGGCCUCGGAACCGGCCCACGCAGCGCUUCGUAAACGUAUAGCCGAGCUUGAAUCUCAGCUUGAUGACUGGAACAGCGAGCAUGGCGAGUUUUACUCUUCGGGUAUCCAUCCUCUGUUUACGCCGCUCAAGGCUCGAGUCUAUGAUUCCUGGUGGAACUGGGCCCUGCAAGAUCUGCUCGCUCUUGUGGCUGUUGCAACCCGAUCAGAUGCGAAAUCAACAGAGGUUCUCAGGCUGCAACGGAAUUUGGUCAACAGGUCCCAUCCACGUCUCAUAAAGGCUGUGGAGUAUAUGGCAUCCACCACGUCCGACACGACCGUCCGCUCACUUUUGCAGAAUCUGGUCGCUGAGUGCCAAGCAUUUGUGAGCAAAGGGGCGAUGGUAUACCGAGAUAGGGUAUCGAGAGCUCCAGUGACGACAGUAGACAAGACUGGCAAAAUCAUUUACAGAGAGCGUGUGCGACCUACAGAAGCCGGAUCUAUCAACGACGACAACCUCCUGAGACUUGGCCGUAAAGGCACAAACGGUUGGCAGUACUCCGACGACCUAUCACUACAUCUGCAUCAGAGCUUAUCAGAAGCCAUAAAUGAAGGCUAUUGCUUCAAUGAGCGGAACAUCCUGGUCACGGGCGCUGGUGCCGGCUCCAUUGGGUGUGAGCUCGUUGCUAAGCUUCUCGCCGCAGGAGCCAAUGUUGUCGUCACCAGCAGCUCCUACUCGCCAAAAGUCACUCGAUUCUAUCAAAGUCUCUACGCAGAACAUGGUGGUAGAGGUUCUCGGCUGAUCCUCGUCCCAUUCAACCAAGCCAGUGUUCGGGAUAUUCAAGCCCUAGUCAAAUACAUCUACGAAAAAGAAGGCCUUGGCAUGGAUCUCGACUAUAUAAUCCCCUUUGCGGCCAUAUCGGAGAAUGGGCGAAACCUAAACAACAUCGACUCGCGAUCAGAGCUCGCACACAGAGUCAUGCUCACAAAUACAAUGCGCCUGCUCGGCGAAGUCAAACAACAGAAAGAAACCCGAGGCAUCUUGACUCGGCCAGCACAAGUCAUUCUCCCACUUUCCCCCAACCAUGGAAGCUUUGGCAGUGACGGUCUAUAUGCAGAGUCCAAGCUUGGAUUGGAGUCUUUGUUCGAGAAGUUCAACUCAGAAGAUUGGGCUGAGUAUCUGCUAGUAUGUGGCGCACUCAUCGGAUGGACGCGAGGUACAGCCCUGAUGUCCGACAACGACAUUGUGUCUGAAGACAUCGAGAAACUCGGUAUGCGCACGUUCUCACAAAGUGAGAUGGCAUUCAACAUUCUAGCACUUAUGAGCCCGUCAGUCCUUCCCUUGUGUACGGACGAACCACUUGUGGCGGAUUUGAGUGGUGGCAUGGGUGGGAUCCCGAAUCUGAAGGACGUCACUACCAAGAUCCGAACGUCGAUCACUCAGCUCGGGGAAGAACGACGAGCAAUUGCACGAGAGGCAAUCUUCGACAGCCCUGCUAUGAAUAUCGAACAAGAGCCGGAAACACAGGCCAACCUAGAAUUCAGCUUUGCGUCACUACCUGAUUGGGACACCGAAGUCCAGCCGCUCGCUCAGUCGCUUGAAGGCAUGGUUGAUCUUGAUCGCGUUGUAGUCGUUUCUGGAUACGCUGAGGUUGGCCCGUGGGGUAACUCACGCAUCCGCUGGGACAUGGAGCUCCAUGGCCAGCUGUCAUUGGAGUCAAUCAUAGAAUUGGCGUGGACUAUGGGUCUCAUCAAAGCUCACUCUGGAAUUGUUGAUGGCCAGCCGUUCUCUGGAUGGCUAGACAAGGAAACUGGAAAGCCAAUUGCAGAUCAGUCGAUCAAAGAGAAGUACGAGAAGUUCAUGCUCGAACAUGCUGGCAUACGUUACAUGGAGCCCAAAAAAGGCUCACAACUUUGGGACGGCCAGGAGGCGCUCCAUGAAAUCGAGAUUUCCAAGGAUCAUGAACCUUUCGAAGUCAGCAGAGAAGCUGCGUUUCAUCUCAAGAAGGCGCAUGGGGAAUUCAUUCACGCAACAGACAAUGAAGAGACAGGCCAAGUCCGCAUUGUGCUCAGGAAGGGCGCCAAGAUCAUGAUACCUAAACUUCUGGAUACGCAGCAUACUGUGGCCGGACAGGUUCCCACAGGCUGGGAGCCCAGCACCUUUGGGAUACCAGAAGAAGUGGUAACGCAAGUAGAUCCGGUGGUGCUCUACGCCUUGGUCGCUGCUGCUGAAGCAUUUCAAUGCGCUGGAAUUCUCGAUCCGUAUGAGUUUUACAAGCACCUCCACGUCAGUGACGUCGCCAAUUGUGUCGGCUCUGGUUUCGGUGGUGUUACUAGCAUUCGAAAAAUGUUUAAAGGUCGAUACCAGGACAAGGAAGCAGCCAACGACAUUCUGGCAGAAUCGUUCAUCAGUUCAGGCAGCGCAUGGAUCAACAUGCUCUUGCUUUCGGCUGCUGGCGCCAACAAAACGCCUGUGGGUGCCUGUGCAACUGCUCUCGAAUCUCUUGAUACAGCCUACGAUCUGAUACAGGCUGGAAAAGCGAAGGUGUGCCUGGUUGGUGGCUUCGACGACAUGCUAAAAGACAUCUCGGAAGAGUUCGCAAACUUGAAAGCCACAAUCAAUGCCGACGAAGAUGCCGAAAGAGGUCGAGAGCCACGGGAGAUGAGCCGUCCCGCAACUUCGACACGAAAGGGGUUCGUUGAGUCUGAAGGUGCAGGUGUACAGAUUGUCACCUCUGCGACUGUGGCUCUAGAGAUGGGGCUUCCGAUCUACGGUGUUGUCGCACUGACACGUACAGCCAUGGACAAAGCAGGCCGGUCUAUUCCUGCUCCUGGUCGAGGCAUUCUUGGCUCAGCUAUUCAGAAGCUGGGCAAGUAUGACUCGCCAUUAAUGAACGCUGCCUACCGUAAGCGAGCACUAGACCACAGGAGACAGCAGGCUGUGGAUAUGCGUGAGCUGCAACUUUCUUACCUGGAGGAAGAAAUCACAAGCUUGAGGGAGCAGGAUCCUUCUGCUGAUGUUGAAGGCUACCGGCAACAGCGGAUCAACAGCAUUGAACUUGAUGCCAAGCGCGAUCUUAAGGACGCUCUCAAUCAAUAUGGCAACAAUUUCUGGACCCAUGAUAGUCGCAUAGCGCCUAUCCGAGGCGCAUUGGCGGUCUGGGGCUUGACUAUCGAUGACAUCGACGUCGUAUCCUUCCAUGGCACGUCUACACGCGCGAACGAGAAGAACGAGGCUGCAGUCAUCAACGAGCAAUUCAAGCACCUCGGCCGGAGAAAAGGCAAUCUAGUGCCUGGCAUGUUUCAAAAAUCUAUCACUGGCCAUCCCAAAGGCCCGGCUGGUGCAUGGAUGCUCAAUGGUUGCCUCCAAGCCAUGCAUGCUGGCCAGAUCCCCGGCAAUCGCAAUGCUGACAAUAUCGAAGACGUCCUUGAGCAGUUCGAGUAUCUGGUGUUCCCGAACAAGUCGAUCCCGAAGCCAGAAAUAAAGGCAUUCAUUACCGAGUCCUUCGGCUUCGGGCAAAAGGGCGCUAUGGCGAUCGGGGUGAAUCCCAAGUAUCUUUACGCUACGAUGAAGCAGGAGGACUUCUUGGCCUACAAGGAGAAGCUGAGGCUGCGGGAGAGGAAAGCGAGCAGGAAUUUCCACGAAGGACUGUCGAAUAACACGGUCUUCCAAGCAAAGGAGAGCCCGCCUUGGGCUGCCAGCGAGGAGAUGAAGAUCCUACUGGAUCCAGAUGCCAGGUUUUGA